CCAGGAGUACGUGUCAGUGCUUUAAGGAGACAGACCUUGCUAAAAUUACAAACAAUGCAGAAAAGGCUUGGAUUCAGUUUAAAGGGGAGAACAGCUGGAUAGGACUGACCUAUAAGAAAGAAGACUUCAGAUAUAUGUGGGUCGAUGGCACAUCUGCUCAGGCUGAAAGUGCAUGGGUCACGAAACGUAACAGGAGGCAUACACUCACUAAAGAAGACUGUGUGGUUGCCUUCAAGCAAUACCUUUCCCCAGCAGAUUGUUCUUCUCUGAGAAAGUGGAUAUGCAAAAGAGAAGGAGAUGUCAGCCUCUUUACAAUGCACAAGGGGAGAGCUUUGUACUCCCCUUACGUACCAACAUCAAAUAUAUAUAACACCUUAAAGAAAGCUACAGAUACCUGCUCAGUGCUCCAGACAUGCACUGGGAUAGUGGCAAUGGGGGAGCACUACAUUCUACAAAGUGGGAUGGAACUGUAUAACAGCAGGAACAGUAGUGUGAAAUCCUUUAUCAAGUCAGAUUGCAUCUCUGGAAGAUUUGGGCUUCUGUGCGAAUUUAAGUGUCCACCAUGCCAGCAAGGUAUGGCCUGCAAUCCAUACACAGGGCUGUGUGGGGACACUGUGUUUUGCAGUAAGGAGAAUAGUCCUAUCCCCUGUGGAAAAGGGUCCAUAUUUGGUGGCUCGUGCCCAGUUGAAGAUGGGUGGCAGUACUGGCAAGGCAGCUGUUACUAUAUCCACACAGCAAAGAGACAAAGCUGGCUACAUGCAAGGGACCUAUGCAGGCGUUACAGGGACGCAGAUCUUCUGUGGCUGACAAGUCCUGGGGAAAAGGAAUGGCUGGUAUCGAAACUUCCCAAAGCAUCAUUCUGGACUGGCCUUUAUGGGUUUAGAUUCUGUGCGGUUUUGCAGUGGUCGAACAGUCAAUUCCCAUUUGCAGCCUCAAGAUGUACAGCCAUCCUCAUCUUUUGA